UAAAGGCACUAGCCGUUAGCGCCUGUUUAGUUUCAAAUUCGAAACUCAUACCAUAUCAUCAUCAUCUCCACACUCCACCGUUUUAUUCACUCACCACUCCCCAAACCCUCCACCUCAACCAAACACGACAUAAAUCCAAAUCCAAAUGCAAACACCGGCGACCGGAACACCGAAAGUAAGGCCGCGAUCUGGCCGUACACCACUUCAGCCGAAAAACACUCCCGCCGAUCUCACUCUCCAUCCUUCCACAAAACCCAAGCUCAAAUCCGAUCAAACAUGUUUCGAGAUUACACUGAUCCCAAACACCGAGAAAGAGAAUCUUCCAAUCGAGAUUGAAAUCGUCCCCUCAGCUACGUCUCCGGUACUUCCACCGGAGACCUCGCUUGGGGAGGAGCUAAGCGCGAUGAAGAAGAAACUCGAGAGAUUGAGAACAGAUAAAGAGAAAACAGAGAAAAUGCUGAAAGAGAGAGAAGUGUUGCUUGACGCGAAGAUGAAGGAGAUGGAAGAGAAAAGCGAGAUUCAGAAGAAUCUCGAAAUCCAAGUCGAUCGAUUGUUCCGAUUAAAGGAACUCAAGUAUCGAUGCAUGAGAAUUUCUCCGAUUCGAACGCUUAGAGAGAAGGAACAUGAAAAAAUCAUCAACGAAGCACCAUCGCAAUCAGAGGUGAAAACGGAGGAAACAGUGGCGUUUGAAUCUGUAUCAGAAUCGGAAUCUGUUAAAGAAGAAUGCGAAGAAGUUCAGAGUCCUGGUUCAGCUUGUUCACAAACACUUACUAUACACACAAAAUCUGAUAAUUAAGAAUACCGUUUCGGGAGUUUUUUUUUUUUGUAUACAUAAUUUUCUCAGUUAUGGUGUUUCUUUUUCCUCAUUGAUUUGAAUUUCACGAUGUAAUUUGCAUUUUUUAAAAUUAUUAUUAUUAUUAUUAUUAUUA